GUCGUUUUGUCCGUCUUCUUAAAGAUCCUUCAAACAACCGCAAAAACAUAUAAUAAUAUUUCCAGAUCCAUGAAUGCAUCAUCACAUUAUAACAUUAUUAUAUAUUCAUUUCUUGUAUCUAUACUACCAGUUUUAACAAUCACAUUAUAAUAAUUAAUGAAGUCCUUAAACCCUAAGAUUGAUGAAUAAAUCAAUUGGAUGAACGAAGCCCUAAUUAGGGGUAAGAAUGUCGUGGGGAUUAGGAUGGAAACGGCCAUCUGAUGUCUUCCAUUUAUCGUUACAUUACGGCGGUUCCGAUCAUUCCUUAUCAUCAGAUGAUGAUCAUCAUACACAUUCCGAAUCAUCAAAAGAACUUAUCAAUAAUAAUUCAAACAAUUAUAAUACUCAUAAUAACCAGGAAUUAGGGUUUCGGAUUGAUCUUGAUUGGAAUGCAGGUGAUGAUGAAGAACAAGUUACUUUACGUUUACAAUCACAGGUCAUGGUUGCAUUGCCCUUGCCCCAGGAUACCGUCGUGAUCCGGUUUCUCCAUCCGGGCCGGGUUGAUGAUAAUUUGAUUGAUGUGGAUAUGAAAGUUGUCAAACAGAGGGAGCCACUAAAGGCUGUUGCCAUGUCUCGGGUUGCCGGGUCCGGCCAACAGAAUGAUGGGAUGGGUGUGCUUAUUAAGUUGUUGAGAUCGGAUUUUGCUGCGGAUACGGGUUCGGGGAGUUCUGAUGGGUUAAAGGUCGAGUCUUGUGCUGAUCAUUGGUUGAAUGUUACUGUUGUCAGCCUCUGCAACUGUGGGUUAUCUGUGCUUCCGGUUGAGUUGACUAGACUGCCGCUUCUUGAGAAGCUAUUCCUUGAUAACAAUAAGUUGACAGUUUUGCCGCCUGAACUUGGUGUUUUGAAAAACUUAAAAGUUCUGACGGCUGACAACAAUAUGUUGGUUUCGGUACCGGUUGAACUGAAGCAGUGCGUUGGACUUGUGGAACUCUCACUUGAACAUAAUAAGCUAAUCCGUCCUCUUCUUGAUUUCAGAGCCAUGGCCGAGUUACGGAUUCUUAGGCUUUUCGGUAAUCCGCUUGAGUUUCUUCCUGAUAUUUUGCCAUUGCAUCAACUUCGCCAUCUUUCUCUUGCAAACAUUCGCAUUGUGGCAGAUGAUUAUCUUAGAUCGGUGAAUGUUCAGAUAGAGACGGAAAAUAGCUCUUAUUUUGUUGCAUCACGCCACAAGCUGAGUGCCUUUUUCUCUCUUAUAUUCCGUUUCUCCUCAUGUCACCAUCCUUUGCUAGCAUCCGCCUUGGCAAAGAUAAUGCAGGAUGAAGGAAAUCGUGUAGUUAUCGGUAAAGAUGAAAAUGCUGUUCGACAACUUAUAAGCAUGAUAAGCAGUGAAGAUCAACAUGUGGUUGUGGAGGCUUGCUCUGCACUUACAUCUCUUGCAUCAGAUGUAUCUGUGGCGCUUCAGUUAAUGAAAUGUGACAUCAUGCAACCCAUUAAAAGUGUACUUACUUCUGUUGGACCUCAAGAACUAAAAUCUGUUUUACAAGUAGUGGGCAAGUUGGGUUUUGUCUCUGAUACAGUGGCCCAAAAAAUGCUUAGCAAGGAUGUGAUGAAAUCAUUAAAAUUAUUAUGCGCCCAUAAAGAUCCAGAGGUACAAAGGUUAGCUUUAAUAGCUGUUGGAAACUUAGCCUUCUGUAUAGAGAACCGCCGAAUUCUUGUUGCUUCUGAAAGUCUAAGAGAUCUUCUUUUACGGCUUACAGUUUCAUCAGAGCAACGUGUGAGCAAAGCUGCAGCUCGUGUUCUGGCAAUUCUUGGGGAGAAUGAGAAUCUGAGACGUGCUAUUAAAGGAAGGCAGGUCCCAAAACAAGGUUUGAGGAUACUUUCAAUGGAUGGAGGUGGGAUGAAAGGUCUUGCUACUGUUCGGAUUUUAAAAGAAAUUGAAAAUGGUACUGGGAAGCAGAUACACGAGAUGUUUGACCUUAUAUGUGGCACAUCAACUGGUGGCAUGCUUGCGGUGGCUCUUGGAAUAAAGCUAAUGUCUUUGGAGGAAUGUGAAGACAUAUACAAAAAUCUUGGCAAGCUUGUUUUUGCUGAACCUGUUCCUAAAGAUAAUGAAGCAGCAACUUGGAGAGAGAAGUUGGAUCAGCUUUACAAGAGUUCGUCGCAAAGUUUUAGAGUAGUUGUACAUGGAUCUAAACACAGUGCCGAUCAGUUUGAGAGGUUGUUGAAGGAGAUGUGUGCUGAUGAGGAUGGAGAUCUGCUAAUAGAUUCAUCAGUGAAAAGGAUUCCCAAAGUUUUUGUGGUAUCAACGUUAGUCAAUGCGGCACCAGCCCAGCCAUUUAUAUUUCGUAAUUAUCAGUAUCCUGCUGGCACACCAGAAGUUCCUCUGAUGAUGUCAGAAAAUUUCUCAACGAAUGGAGCAGGAACAGCAACUACCGGUGCUCAAGUUGGAUACAAACGGAGUGCUUAUAUGGGAAGUUGUAGACAUGAUCUGUGGCAAGCUAUAAGAGCAUCAUCUGCAGCUCCAUAUUAUCUUGAUGAUUAUUCUGAUGGUGUAUUGCGUUGGCAAGAUGGUGCUAUUGUUGCAAAUAACCCUACUAUAUUUGCAAUACGUGAAGCACAACUACUAUGGCCAGAUGCAAAAAUUGAUACUUUGGUUUCAGUUGGCUGCUGUUCUGUUCCAACAAAGGCUCGUAAAGGUGGAUGGCGUUAUUUGGACACUGGCCAAGUUUUGAUAGAGAGUGCCUGCUCAGUUGAGCGUGUUGAGGAAGCAUUGAGCACAUUAUUACCUAUGGUUCCUGAAAUACAUUAUUUCCGGUUCAAUCCAGUUGAUGAACGAUGUGAUAUGGAGUUGGAUGAAACUGACCCAACAGUUUGGCUUAAGUUAGAGGCAGCAACGGAUGAGUAUAUUCAAAACAAUUCGCCUGCAUUCAAAAAAGUUUGUGAGAGAUUGCUGUUGAACCAAAGUGAUGAAAAGUUGCCAGACAAUCUCAAUUCUCAGCAGUUUCUCAAGGCAAAGGGUCCAAAUACUGGUGAAAACGGUCCAUCUUUAGGGUGGAGACGUAAUGUACUUCUUGUGGAAGCUUCUCACAAUCCCGAUUCUGGAAGAGCUUUUAACCAUGCGCGCUCGCUUCAAACAUUCUGUUCUGAUCAUGGUAUAAGAGUAUCUCAUCUGAAUGCUGCAUCAGGAACACUUAAUAAGCCCGACCCAGGAACCUCUUUUCCGACCCCGUUCACAUCACCAUUAUUUACUGGAAGCUUCCCGUCAAGCCCACUUCUCUACAGUCCCGAUCUUGGACUCCAUAGGGUUGGUAGAAUCGAAUCAGUACCACACUUAAGCCUGGAUGGAUUCCAUUCUAAUAGAACUUCUUCCCCUCCAGAGUCCCCUACAGUUCCGAGACAGCUUUCAGCGCCUGUUCGAUUAUUGCUUGAAAAGCUACAGAGUUCACCACAAGUCGGGGUUGUUCACUUAGCGCUCCAAAAUGAUACUACAGGCUCAAUAUUGAGCUGGCAAAAUGAUGUAUUUGUGGUUGCGGAACCAGGGGAUCUAGCCGAGAAGUUUCUACAGAAUGUCAAAUACAGUUUGCUAUCAAUGUUAAAAGGCCGACGAAGAAAAUAUAUGUCGGCAAUUUCCAAUAUCUCAACUGUUUCUGAGCUGGUUGCCUGUCGGCCUUAUUUUCAGAUUGGUGGUGUUGUACAUCGUUACAUAGGGCGCCAAACCCAAGUCAUGGAAGACGAUCAAGAAAUUGGGGCCUACAUGUUCCGUAGGACAGUCCCAUCUAUGCACUUAACUCCCGAAGAUGUUCGUUGGAUGGUUGGUGCUUGGAGGGAUAGAAUCAUAAUAUGCACGUGCUUAUACGGCCCUUCACCUGCGUUAAUAAAGGCAUUCCUAGACUCUGGUGCUAAAGCAGUCAUAUGCCCAUCAUCAGAACCCCAAGAAAUGCAGCUGACUACCUUUCAAGGAUCAACUGAGUUUAACGAUUUGGAGAAUGGGAAGUUUGAAAUCGGGGUGGACGAAGGGGAUGAUGAAUAUACAGAACCCAUCAGCCCAGCAAGCGACUGGGAAGAUAGUGAGACUGAUAAAGGUACCACUACUGGUACAGAUAAAGGUAUGUUAGUUUGGGAUGAUGAUGAGGAGGAGCUGUCUAGAUUUGUAUGUCAGCUGUAUGAUUCAGUAUUUAUGGGUGGAGCUCGAGUUAAUGUUGCUUUACAACAAGCUCUUGCAUCUCAUCGAACCAUAAGGUAUUCAUGUCAUUUCCCUCGUGUACCUUAACUUGUCAUACAAAUGUAACAAAUACAUCAUAGAAAAAGAGCUUAGAGAAGCAUAUACUCCGUUAUAGAGAAACUAUAGAUAGGGGGCGAUACUCUGAGGUAUGCACGAUGGCUUAUCGGUUGUAAAGUGGCUAUCACCAUAACCGGGCCUUUGUGACCUUCUGUUCCGAUUGGUGCAAGUGUUGCCCUUAGAGAGAUAAGAUGGUUAUACUUGUAUUGUUUUUCUGCAAAGAGACUGUUUUUGUGGCUUGAACCUCCAUGACAUUAUGGGGAUGUUGCUGCAAGGCUUAAUUUUUAAAGCGAGUAUAGAUAUAGAAGAAAAAGGCAGAAUAAUGUAAAUUGAAAAGAGGUACACUCCAAUUUUGAGAGUUACAAUAUAAUGCAAAUGUGACGCUGAGUUUGAACUUGUAAGUUUGUACACCUCAUAAUUUAUAAAUAUCGCUUACUAGUCUUGUUAUAA